AUGGAACUACACCCUAUUAUCGAUGCGGCACCAAGUACUGGAAAAAAUCAGUACAUACGCACGAAGUUGACGGAUUAUCUGACAAAAAGUAAGCAACGCCGGUUGCAGCGCGUACUUCGCGAAAUACCAUUAGGUGAUCGCCGUCCUAGCGACCUUUUCAAUGAGAUGAAGCGUGCAGCCGGCUCCGCUUUCAGUGAGAGCAUUCUGCACCAUUUGUGGGUUAACCGCUUACCUGCAUAUGCGCAAGCAGCCAUUAUAGCAACCAAUGUACCGAUAUCCGAAAAAUUAAAGAUUUCCGACACCAUUGUUGAGUCAAUUCAACUACGACAAGGACAGGUUAACGAAGCGUGUGGCAUACAAAACCACUCUGAUUCAUUUCUCAGGACCGAAAUAACUACACUAAAACAGCGCCUCGAUAAAGCGUUAGAUAACGGCAAAACCCAUUACCGUUCGCGUUCUAAAACACCAGCACGCCAUCGCAAGUUAGACAACGGUUCUGAUGACAUUUGUUGGUAUCACAGAAAAUUCGGUCAAGACGCUACAAGAUGUCGGCUACCAUGCAAGUUCACUCGCUCACCACCACCAAACGUUCCACAAUAG